AUGCGUCAAAUUGUACACGCCUUCCGAUAUAGGCUACGAGAGCGUCAGGACGUGUUUUAUUGCACAGCCUGCCAGACCGUUCGCGGUGCUCAGACCGCAGACGGCAGAGGAUGUGCAAGCACUGUCGAUGGCGCCUUGAAGAUUGACAUGAGCGACAUUAAUUAUGUACACGUUGAUAAAGGAAAGCAGUUUGCUAGGGUUGGCGGCGGAGUUUUGCUCCGUCAGCUGGAGAAAUGCCUCGAGGAGCACGGUCUGCUUACCCCUUGGGGCAUCCGCGGAGGCGGAGGUAUCUUUGGGGCAAUUAUUGAGCUCACCAUCAAGUUUUAUCCACCAAAGGAGCCAAUGGCGAUUGAGUUUCCGACUGUUGGAAGAAUAUUUGCAACACUCGCAACUUGGGCAGAUGCCGAUCAUGAUCAAGCCUGGGCAUGGUUUGACAGUGUUGCCGCCUUGGGGACAUGUAUCAUGAAUACACCACACGCAGCAUCGCUCCAGGAGUUCACCGAAGACAACGAGAAGCUUGUGAUCUGGCCGUCCAAUGGGCGUGGCAAUACCAUCAGUAUCAAGAAAUGGACGAGGAAGACCGUCAAAUGUUUGGAUUGCGGCCAAGACCACCACAUGGUCGAAAUUAUCUCCAUGACGGGGAACCAGAAACACGAAGGCGAGGCCGCCGCCUGGGCUUCGGCGCUCGAGACAGAGUUAAGAGAACAGGACCCCAGCAAUAUCUUGCAAGCUUCCUACAUUGCGCUCUCCGGCGAUGAAAAUAUGGACCUCAAGAGGAUAUACGGUACUCAUUACGAGACUCUGUUGGGGCUAAAGAGAAAGUAUGACCCUGGGAAUGUAUUCAAGUACGCAGAACUUAGGGUGUUGGUCUAG